AUGCAGUCGUCUCCAAACAUGCUCACGAAGUUUGAGUCAAAAUCCUCCAGAGCAAAGGGAAUCGCAUUCCACCCCAAGCGACCAUGGAUUCUCGUUUCUUUACACUCAUCCACCAUCCAACUAUGGGACUAUCGUAUGGGAACACUCAUCGACCGAUUCGAAGAACAUGACGGCCCUGUGCGCGGCGUCGACUUCCACCCAACACAACCCCUGUUUGUCUCCGGAGGUGAUGACUACAAGAUCAAAGUCUGGAACUACCAGACUCGGAGAUGCUUGUUCACAUUGAAUGGCCACUUGGACUAUGUGCGCACAGUUUUCUUCCACCCCGAGCUCCCCUGGAUUUUGUCUGCGUCGGAUGACCAGACCAUUCGAAUCUGGAAUUGGCAGAACCGAUCUCUCAUCUGUCCGCAUCUGGGAUAUCUCCGGCCUGCGAAAGAAGCACUCCGCCCUACGUCGAUCUCAUUCGAAGACCAAAUGGCGCGCGCCAAUCCCAAUCAGGCUGAUAUGUUUGGAAACACCGAUGCCAUUGUAAAGUUCGUAUUGGAGGGCCAUGAUCGUGGCGUGAACUGGGUGUCGUUCCAUCCCGAGUUGCCCUUGAUCGUCUCGGCCGGUGAUGACCGCUUGAUCAAGCUUUGGCGCAUGAGCGACACCAAGGCUUGGGAGGUUGACACUUGCCGUGGUCAUUUCCAGAAUGCCUCGGCUUGUUUGUUCCACCCACACCAGGAUCUCAUCCUUUCCGUGGGUGAGGACAAGACCAUCCGUGUUUGGGAUCUGAACAAACGGACCUCUGUCCAGUCAUUCAAGCGCGACCUCGACCGAUUCUGGGUUAUUGCUGCCCACCCAGAGAUGAACCUGUUCGCGGCGGGCCACGACACCGGUGUCAUGGUGUUUAAGUUGGAGCGAGAGCGUCCUGCUUCUGCCAUUCACCAGAACCAGCUCUUCUACAUCACGAAGGAGAAGCACGUCAAGUCAUAUGAUUUCGUCAAGAAUGAAGAGUCACAGUCCUUGCUCUCCCUGCGCAAGCUCGGCUCUCCUUGGGUCCCGCCACGGACACUUUCCUACAAUCCCGCUGAGCGGGCCAUUCUGGUUACGUCGCCUGCCGACAGUGGCACAUACGAGCUAAUUCAUCUUCCCCGGGAUGCCACUGGCGCUGUGGAGCCUACCGAUGUCAAGCGCGGUCAGGCUACAUCUGCAGUCUUCGUUGCUCGCAACCGUUUUGCUGUGUUCAACCCUGCUAGCCAACAGGUUGAUAUCAAAGAUCUCAGUAACUCUACCACCAAGACCAUCAAGCCCCCUGCUGGAACAACCGACAUCUACUUCGGAGGCGCUGGCUGCCUUCUGUUCAUCACCCCUACUACAGUUGUCUUGUUCGACAUCCAGCAGAAGAAGCAACUCGCCGAGGUCACUGUCAGUGGCGUCAAAUAUGUUGCGUGGUCUAACGACGGUCUUUACUGUGCUCUGCUCAGCAAACACAAUGUCACUAUCGUCACCAAGACUCUCGAGCAGGUGAGCACUUUGCACGAGACUAUACGCAUCAAGAGUGCCACCUGGGAUGAUGCUGGUGUCUUGAUCUACUCCACCUUGAACCACGUCAAGUACUCUCUGCUGAAUGGCGAUAAUGGAAUCAUCCGCACUUUGGACCAGACUGUUUAUCUUAUUGACCCUACUGAGUACCGAUUCAAGCUCGCCCUUGUCAAGCGUAACUACGAUGAGAUGCUUCAGAUCAUUAAGACUUCCAGUCUGGUUGGUCAGAGCAUCAUUUCUUAUCUGCAAAAGAAGGGUUACCCCGAGAUCGCUCUGCAAUUCGUUCAAGACCCGCAGACCCGUUUCGACUUGGCUCUCGAGUGUGGAAACCUGGACGUUGCCAUCGAGAUGGCCAAGGAAUUAGAUCGCCCCAACUUCUGGACCAGAUUGGGAGCCGAGGCAUUGGCCCACGGUAACCACCAGACCGUUGAGAUGGCCUACCAGAAGCAGCGCAACUUCGACAAGCUUUCCUUCCUGUACCUAUCAACUGGUGACCAGGAUAAGCUUUCUCGUAUGGCCAAGAUCGCUUCCCACCGCGGUGACUUCACCUCCCGUUUCCAGAACGCUGUGUACCGUGGAGAUAUCGAAGACCGCAUUGAGAUGUUCAAAGAGGUUGAUUUGUACCCCCUGGCUUACCUUACUGCGAAAUCUCACGGCUUGACCGAAGAGGCCGAGUCUAUCCUCGAGGCCGUUGGAUUGACAGAGGACCAAAUUACCUUGCCAUCUUUGGAACAACCCCUGAAGGUCGCUCACCCAAUUGUGCCAACCUUCAAAGCUGCCUGGCCUGUUAAGGCUGCUGGCCACUCUUCAUUUGAGAAGGCUCUGCUUGGUGAAGUUGGAGCCGUUGAUGAGGAGGCUGCUGCCGACGGCUUUGAUUUUGAAGAUGAUGAGCAGGAGACUACCCUUGCCAAGGAGACUUUGGAUGACGAUGAGGAGGAUGCCUCCGGAUGGGACAUGGGCGAUGAUGUCAAUGUUGAGGAGGAUGUGGAUUUUGUCAACGUGGAGAGCACUGAGGCUGGUGCUGGCAGCUCAGAGGCUGAUCUCUGGGCUCGUAACUCCCCGCUGGCGGCUGAUCACGUUGCAGCAGGCUCAUUUGAUACGGCCAUGCAACUACUCAACCGCCAGGUUGGUGCCGUCCACUUUGCUCCCUUGAAGCCCCGCUUCCUUGAGGUUUUCAAGGCCUCCAAGACUUACCUCCCCGCCACCGUUGGCUUACCUCCUCUUGUCAACUACGUACGAAGAACCACCGAAGAGACCGACAGCCGCAAGCUCCUUCCAAUCAUCCCCCGGGAUUUGGAGACUGUCGCCACUGUCGACCUCCAGGAAGGUUACACUGCCAUGCGUAGCAACAAGCUGGAGGAUGGUGUGAGAAUCUUCAAGGGCAUCCUUCACACUUUGCUCGUCAACACUGUUUCCUCCGAGGCUGAGGUGGCGCAAGCACAAAAGAUUAUUGCUACCGCUCGGGAGUACAUCCUUGCUAUGACAAUCGAGCUUGAGCGCCGAACCCUCCCUACUGAGGGACAGGACAAUCUCAAGCGCAGCCUCGAAUUGUCAGCCUACUUCACAAUCCCCAAGUUGGAAGUCGCUCACCGUCAGCUUGCAUUGAUGGCUGCGAUGAAGCUUGCCUUUGCGAACAAGAACUACAACUCCGCUCUGGGCUUCGCUAGCCGGAUGCUAGCCAACGGCGGCUCUGCUAAGCUUCUUGAACAGGCCAAGAAGAUCAAGGCUCAGUGCGAACGCAACCCCUCAGAUGCCAUUGACAUCGAUUUCGAUCAAUUUGCCGAAUUCGAUAUUUGUGCUGCUUCUCACACCCCCAUCUUCAGCGGCUCCCCCUUCGUCACCGACCCGUUCACCGGUGCGAAGUACCACCCGCAAUACAAGGGAAGCGUGGACCGGAUAGCAGAGGUUACAGAGAUUGGUGCACCAGCCAGCGGUCUACGUUUGUUUGUUCCUGGGCAAUUCUAA